AUGGCGGCUGACAUGGCUUCGGGCUGCGCCAAGAGGAAGCAUGGAGGGGAGGCGAGGUGCCGGUGCAGAUGCCGCCAUGUCCACGUCCACUACCAGCUGCCGCCCAGGCGGGUCUCGCUUCUCCGGUGGCUGCCUCGCCCUCGCCUCUCGCUGCUCUUCUCCUACCUGCUGAUUCCUCCCGUGCUCUUCUUCGCCCUGCUUGCCUUUGUGGUGUCGUUUCUCUGCUUCACCUUGCUCUACUUCGUCGCCUCGCUCUUGAGCAAGGAUGACAAUCUCGAUUCCGUCAAGAAUGGCGGCAUCGGCCCUGCCAGCGACGUCGAAGACAGUGGGCAAGAGGGGAAUUCAGAGGCGAAAGGGGAAGCUGCGAGGCAUGUGGCGGAACACCUGACUGGUGAUUCUGCUACGGCUGAAAAUUCUUUCAGGAGACUCGAGAUAAAAGAGGUGCGUGCUGGUGGAUUCUCUCAAGUAUCUUGGAACAUAUCAAAGAUGGCUUCAUCCGAUGGUUGCCUCGAUUACGAGGUGCCGGUGCGUACCAACGACGAUAAACUGGUCCAGGAUGUGAAUAUCUUCGAGACAAGCAGCGCCAUGGCUGAUUUAGAGGAAUUUUCCGGAUGGCGUCAGGUACAGGAUGUGCCGGUCGAUUGGUUUGUGGAUGAACACAACAUCAGAGUGGCCAGCAGUAGCACACCAAGUGAUUUAUUUCCAUCUCUGUAUUCCACUGAUUCAGCUGAAAUUCAUGAUUUGCCUGACAUGGACGAACCGAGAGGGAUGUCACUGGACUUUCUUGCUGAAAGCAAGCAAAAUAUGGUUGUGCCAUCAAAUACUUCGUCUCAUCAUCAUAGUAUCAGCGACGAAUAUGGUGAAGACUAUUGUGACGAUAGGAAGGAGUUAUCAGCUUGUGGUACAUAUGAAAUCAUUGAUUUCAUUGACAAACACGAAACAAGAGACCAGGCACCUGACGGUUCUUUUGUUGAAGAUGAGGAAACCGGACAGUUUGAAUCCUCAGGUGAAGGGAGUACCCAAGAAAAGGAUGCAAAUAGUGUACUUGAAUCGGUUGUUGAUAGCAUAGCGACUCUGGAAGAUUUUCGUGGAAAGCAAGAAGUACAAAAGGUGCCCGAAGUUCUGAUCACGGAGGCAAAUGCAGAGCAGAGUGUUGGCGCUUCAAACGAAGUUCAGGAUUCCAGCAGCGAGAAGGAAGCAUCAAUGGUGUCACUCCAUUCUGUUUGUGAAGAUACAGCCUUCUCUGAUGUUCCAUCCAACCAUUAUUUUUGUUAUGAAGAUGACAAACAGGAAGAGGUUACCAAACACAGCACAGCAGAGGCACCCGAUCCUGCAUCUGCUGUAGUUUGCAACAUCUUUGAGAACCGUCAGACACCAAAAAGAGAGGCAUUUGAUGGUUUCCAGAAUGACGACGAAGCCAGAGAGGUGGCCUCACAGGAGAGUCUGGGAGAUGAAGCUGAUCAAAUUAACGAUGACUCUGCCUCGGAGUUGGAUUUGAAGGGAGCGCAUUGUGGAGCGCCACUUCUGAGGAGGUCCCCAUCACAAUGGUGGAAUUUAUGUGGAGUCGUUGAUGUGUUUGCUGGCUCCGGGGAUUAA